GACGGGGAUUGACCAAAAACAUGGUGCGAAAAGUAACGGAAAAUGGUGACAGUCGCGGGUCUCAUGGGCAGGCCUACAAGGACAAGAGCAAACCCGCGGAUAUUCGCAGUAGCAACAUCAACGCUGCCAAAGUUGUUAGCGAUGCGAUUCGCACAAGUCUUGGACCUAGAGGAAUGGACAAGAUGAUUCAAGCUGGUAAUGGAGAAGUUACUAUCACAAAUGAUGGUGCCACUAUCCUGAAAGAGAUGAAUGUGAUCCAUCCUGCUGCAAAAAUGCUCGUCGAGUUAUCAAAAGCUCAGGAUAUAGAGGCUGGCGAUGGUACCACAAGUGUCGUCGUGAUAGGUGGAUCACUGUUAGAAGCAGCGGAACGUUUGUUGCAAAAAGGCAUUCAUCCUACUUCGAUCAGUGAUGCUUUUCAGAAAGCUGCAUCUAAAGCAGUAUCAAUUCUGACACAAAUGUCCAUACCUGUUGACCUAGCAGAUAAAGAAUCCCUUGUAAAGGUUGCAGCAACAUCUCUUAAUUCCAAGGUUGUGCAUCAACAAUCUAGUCUUCUUGCACCACUAGCAGUGGAUGCUGUAUUAAAGGUCACUGAAGAAGGAAAGGAAGUGUCAGUCGAUUUACAUGAUAUUAAAGUGAUAAAGAAGUUAGGAGGAACUGUUGAAGAUACUGAAUUAGUAGAUGGGUUAAUAUUUACCCAGAAAUCUUGCAAUGUUAAUGGCCCAAAACGUAUUGAGAAAGCUAAAAUUGGAUUAAUUCAAUUUUGCAUUUCUCCACCGAAAACCGAUAUGGAUCAUAACGUUAUUGUAUCAGAUUACGCAGCGAUGGAUCGUGUUUUAAAGGAAGAACGUGCCUACAUAUUGAAUAUUGUAAAACAGAUCAAGAAAACUGGUUGCAACGUACUUCUCGUACAAAAAUCAGUCUUGCGUGACGCUGUUAGCGACCUAGCCAUACAUUUCUUGGAUAAAAUUAAGGUCAUGGUAAUAAAGGAUGUAGAACGCGAAGAUGUUCCUUUUGUGUGUAAAACACUGGGUUGCAGGCCAAUUGCGUCGCUGGAUCAUUUUGUGCCUGAAAAUCUUGUUAAUGCAGAGCUCUGCGAAGAAGUUCAAACUGGAAAUUCAAAAUUUGUUAAGAUUACAGGAAUUCAAAAUCAUGGAAAAACAGUUACAGUCCUUGUACGCGGUAGCAACAAAUUAGUAUUAGAGGAAGCUGAGAGAUCACUACAUGAUGCCUUGUGCGUUAUUCGAUGUUUAGUGAAGCAACGAGCGCUAAUUGCUGGCGGUGGAGCACCAGAAAUUGAAUUAGCAUUAAAAUUGGGAGAAUAUGGAGUGACCUUAGGCGGCAUUAAUGCAUAUUGUAUUAAGGCUUUUGCAAAUGCGCUUGAGGUAAUUCCAUCGACGUUAGCUGAAAAUGCGGGUUUAAAUCCGAUAGCUACAGUAACGGAACUUCGCAAUCGACACGCGACGGGCGAGAUAACUGCAGGGAUUAAUGUUCGGAAAGGCGCCAUCACUAAUAUAUUGGAGGAAAACGUGAUUCAACCAUUGCUAGUUUCUACUAGUUCCAUAACUCUUGCUUCUGAAACUGUACGCAGUAUACUGAAGAUUGAUGAUAUUGUCAAUACAACUCAAUAAAUCAUGAGACGUAAUUUAAAAUUGUUUUCGUGCUUGUAAUUUAUGCACACCAUCACGUUUGUUUCAUUGAUUACGAAAGUCUAUACAUUAACG